UGACUGUAUUGAUAGGUUUCGGAGUAAAAAUUCGAAGGUUGGAAUAGGAAAGACGUUUGUGGGUUGUGUAUUGAAGUUAUUGGUUUUAUAUUGGGUAUUAAAACGCUUCAUUUAUAAUUAAAAACAAAUUCCCAUGAUUUAAUGUUGAAUAUAAGGUGGGUUACAGUUUGUAAACUAUGCAAACGAAGUACCAAACAUCACCUGUUCCAAGUCGGAGUCCAUCAUCGCUCAGUAAUAAUUUACGCGGUGGAUCACCUCUUCCAGUCCCAGUUGCAUAUAGGUUGGAUUGUAUGACAGCAGCAGCAAAGAGAUACAAGUAUCUCCGAAGACUCAUAAAAUUUCAACAGAUGGACUUCGAAUUUGCAUCCUGGCAGAUGUUAUACUUGUUCAUUGCACCGCAGAAAGUUUAUAGGAAUUUUCAUUAUAGAAAACAAACAAAGUCACAAUUUGCCCGAGAUGAUCCAGCAUUUUUGGUACUUCUGAGUAUCUGGCUUUGUGCAUCUUCAGUUGGUUUUGCCCUAGUACUCAGACUUGGUUUCUGGGGCUUUGUGAAGUUCCUCUUAUAUGUAAUAUUUGUAGACUGUAUAGGAGUUGGACUCCUCAUAGCCACUUUGUUUUGGUUUAUAAGCAAUAAGUAUCUCAUCAAACCAUCUUGUCAGGACCAGGAUGUGGAAUGGGGAUAUGCAUUUGAUGUUCACCUUAAUGCAUUCUUUCCCCUUCUUAUCAUUCUUCAUGUAUUUCAGCUCUUUUUUUAUGACGUAUUAAUUAACCAUGAAUGGUUUGUGUCAAGAUUAUUUGGCAACUUUUUGUGGUUGAUUGCUCUUGGCUACUACAUCUAUGUAACGUUUUUGGGAUACAGCUGUUUGCCAAUCUUGCAUAGAACCCAUAUACUGUUAUAUCCUCUGACAACGCUGCUGUUGGUGUAUGUGGUGACAGUGGCCAUUGGGUGGAAUGUGAGUCAGACAGUAAUGGACUUCUACAAGUAUCGAGUAUUGUGAUCACUCAACAUCAUGUGUGUGUGUCUGUACAGCCAGCAAGUAAAAUAAUUGCAUCGAUAUUCUUGUAAAUUAAUUUGUUUAUAAAUAGACAGUAAAGUACCUCAGUACUAUAUCUCUACAGUGCAUUGUCUUUGUCAUUCUUCCAUGCCAAUAUAUUGUAGUUCAUGGUGUAUCUUAGUUUGAAUUAACAGUUAAUGUUUUGUGUACUGGCAUUGUAUAUCAGAUACUAAAUUUGAAAACAUGAUGUGAUAUUGGUAUACUGUUCAGAUUAGAAUUGGAGCACAGGAUGGGAAAUACAACUGGAGGAAGGUGUAUUAAAGGGAAUGUCGGUGCUAGCAUUAAA